GUUUUUGUUGCGGAAGGAUAGGAUUCCGCCAUCUCGGAUCUCGGCCAUGGAUUACAACCUCGCGGCGCUGAAGCUCUUCUCGGGCGAACUGAAGGAUGCUCGUCCGUCCACCUCCUCGUCAUCACCCGCCUCCAUUAUCUACGGAAUCCUCUUCCAGCGUGCUUGGUUGCAGGCAGGGCGUUCUAGUCUCGGGAUCUGAUGAGGGGCGCUUCCUCCUCGACGACGGCUCCGGGGUCGUCGAGCUCCUUUUCUCUGCCGAAUCCCAGCCGCAGCAGUGGAAGAUGGGGAUGUAUGUAAUGGUUGUCGGGCCAUACGUCGCAGCGCAAUCCAACGACAUUUCCACCAUCAAGGUUCACAAGAUUGUUGACCUCUCUGAACAACCAGAUCGAGAAGCAAUGUGGAACUUGGAAGUCAUUGAGGCACAUAAAUUGUUCUACCUUACAUCACCUGAAUGACUGCAUUUGUGUGCCAUUCUACAAUACUUAGGAGCAGAAUUGUUUGUAUAUUUUCAAGCUACUCCCUAUUCACUGCUUCCUGAAAUCUGUGAUGAGGGAGGAAAGUACUUGCUUUCAUUGUAGUAAUCUUCAACUCAUUAAGGAAUGUUCAAACUAAA